CGAAGCCAUAGUGACUGCGCUACUACGCCGUGUCCUUCUAUCCACGUUACCCACAUACCAAUUGCGAAUUCUACCCGCCCGCCCGACACGAAUAGCACAUUCAUCCCACCACCAUGUCCGACGAUACGAGGCAAACAGUCGACGCAAAUGCGCUUCCACCAAAGCCCCGCGCGCCUGCAAAUAUCAUGCCUGGUGGCACCGCACAUACAGCAGGCGGCGAGAAGCCAUCGGACGCUGGCCCUACAUACAUCGACGCGGUGCGAAGCCUGGGCCCGGAAUAUUACCUCAACUUUCACAAGCGACCAUGUGUGCGAGACAGUCAAUUGCAAGGGCUAGCAGCUGGUUUUGCAGGAGGAAGCCUAGCAGCUAUAAUAGGCAAGCCGGUAAUCACAGCUUCGAAUUGGGCAGUAGCAACAUGGUGCGGUGUUUCUGUCAUUUCCUACCAAGUCUGCCAGUACUACCGCUCCAAGGAAAAGGCCGGUAUAAAACAAGCACAAGAACUCAUGGAGAAGAAGCGCGCGAGUAUUGAGGCGAAGAAGGAGGCCAGACGGAGAGCAAGGGAAGAGCAGGACCGACUGGAAAGGGAGCAGAGAGCAGAAGAUGAGAGAAAGAGGAGCUGGUCAUACUGGUACCAAAAAAAUAUCAAGUUCUGGUAGCUUAUGGCAAAGAGGGGUACGAAAAGUGUUGAGCGCUGGUCACAGCAUGUGUAUAAGAAUGUGUACAUUACAGAACAUGUUACGGCAGUAAUGGUUAUGUGAAUUCCAAAGCACUUCACAUAUCAUUCUUUGGUACCAUACAAUGACUCCUCUUUGCAAGGGGGGCUAAUCA